AUGGCGCUCUCUGACCGCUCCCGCGAGUCACUCCUACCGAGCUUCCUCUACUCCCCGGCGGCGGCGAGGUCGUUCGCAGGCGCCUCCCGCUUCCCCGCCUCGCCCGCCGUGGCGGCCCCGGCCCCGAGUGUAGCGGGAGGUGGCCCCCUGCCGUUCACGAUCCAUUCACCCAAUGAGAAGAUCGAGAUGUAUUCGCCAGCGUUCUACGCAGCCUGCACGGCCGGAGGCAUCGCCAGCUGCGGGCUCACCCACAUGGCCGUCACGCCGCUCGACCUCGUCAAGUGCAACAUGCAGAUUGAUCCAGCAAAAUACAAGAGCAUCACAUCUGGUUUUGGAAUACUGGCCAAGGAGCAAGGAGUGAGGGGCUUCUUCAGGGGGUGGGUGCCCACCCUGCUGGGCUACAGUGCUCAGGGAGCUUGCAAGUUUGGAUUCUAUGAAUUCUUUAAGAAAUACUACUCAGAUAUUGCUGGGCUUGAGUACGCUCAGAAAUACAAGACCCUGAUAUACCUGGCUGGGUCGGCUUCUGCUGAGGUGAUUGCUGAUGUGGCUCUCUGCCCCUUUGAAGCCGUGAAGGUCCGUGUGCAGACACAACCUGGAUUUGCUCGUGGUCUCAGUGAUGGGCUCCCUAAGUUCAUCAAAUCUGAUGGUGCCCUGGGGCUUUACAAGGGAAUUGUCCCUCUCUGGGGUCGUCAGAUUCCUUAUACGAUGAUGAAGUUUGCUUCAUUUGAGACCAUUGUUGAACUUAUCUACAAGAACGCUGUUCCUGUUCCAAAGUCAGAGUGUAGCAAACCUUUCCAAUUGGGUAUCAGCUUUGCCGGUGGCUACAUUGCUGGUGUUUUCUGUGCCAUUGUUUCUCACCCUGCUGAUAACUUGGUCUCUUUCCUGAACAAUGCCAAGGGUGCUACGGUUGGUGAUGCUGUUAAGAAGCUUGGCCUCUGGGGCCUCUUCACUCGUGGUCUUCCUCUUCGUAUUGUGAUGAUCGGUACUCUUACUGGAGCCCAGUGGGGUAUUUAUGAUGCAUUCAAAGUCAUGGUUGGACUGCCGACAACUGGAGGUGUCACGCCAGCACCAGCUCCUGCUACGGAGGAGGCUACAUUGAAGGCCAGUGCAUGA